AUGCCCAAGGGAAAGUGGAUCAACAAGAAGACGGCGCAGCACUUCACGCUCGUCCACCGCCCGCAAAAUGAUCCGCUCAUCCACGACGAGAAUGCGCCGUCCAUGGUGCUGAACCCGGUCCAGACAAAAGCCGGCUCAAAAGUAAAGCAUCUGGAUGAUUUGGCAUCUGAGCUGGGCUCAGAUGCGGCAGGCAUCCGCGCCAACGAAGGCGAGGCCGCAAACUACGGCGUCUACUUCGACGACACCGAAUACGACUACAUGCAGCACUUGAGAGACCUCAACUCGGGCGGCGGCGAUGUCGUGUUUGUCGAAUCUACCGCGACUCAGAACAAGGGCAAGGGCAAGCAGAAGCAGUCGCUGGAAGAUGCUCUGCGGAAGAUGGACCUCGAGCCGAAGUCUGGCGAUAUUCUGGACGAGGAAAUACUGCCAUCUAAGAAUCUCACCAGAUUAACCUACCAGGCCCAGCAGGAUGUGCCAGAUGCCAUUGCUGGAUUCCACCCCGAUAUGGACCCUCGGCUGCGAGAAGUCUUGGAAGCCUUGGAAGAUGACGCAUAUGUUGACGAUGAUGAAGAUGUCUUUCAGCAGCUGUCAAAGGACGGAGAAGAGCUUGACGACUACGAUUUCGAGAACAUGGGAUUCGAUGACGGCGAGGACGAUGGAUGGGAGUCGGAUGCCACAGCAAAGCCUACCAAGGAAUACAAGGAGCAGGUACCAGAACUCGUCAAGGUUGAGCCAGAAGAAGGCCCGUCAGAAGACUGGAUGGAGGACUUUAAGAAGUUCAAGAAAGACCAAAAGGGGCAGCGUGGACAAGCGGCCCCUUCACGCUCGGGAGUUGAAUCCAUGUGGACAACAACAACCAACGGAGGCAGGACGAAGAAGCGCAAGGGCGCACUGACGAACGCCUCAGCCUACUCCAUGACGUCCUCGUCGCUAGUACGGACAGAGCAGCUUUCAUUGCUGGACGAGAGGUUCGAGAGACUGGAGGCUCGCUACAACGAAGAUUUCGAUGAUAUGGGCUCCGUGUCUGAGGUGUCAACGGCCUCGAGCGUCCAAGGACCCAUCCGGGGAGACUUUGAUGGUAUUCUGGAUGACUUCCUUGGCUCCUACACAAAGCCUGGAAAGCGCACAUCAAAGAAGUCAAAGGCGCAGACGGGAUUGGAGCAGCUUGAUGAAAUUCGGCGAGAACUGGGGCCUCCACGCAUUCGGGGCCGUGUCAAAUCAUGA